AUGGCUUCUGUGGUUUCUCAGGCUGCAGCAGACUUGAAGCAAUUCUGCCUGCAGAAUGCACAACAUGAUCCCCUACUGACAGGAGUAUCAUCAAGUACAAAUCCAUUCAGACCCCAGAAAGUUUGUUCAUUUUUGUAAUUACAUGAACUACUUCGAUCUUUUAGCAUCUUUUCCUAGCUGCUGAUGUGUGUAUGGGCAGAGUGCCUCAAGGAGUGGCCUGGUUUGAAGUCUGUACAAAAGCUUAGCUUUAAUGUGCCAAAUCGAAUUUGUAAAAUUGCUACUGUCGUCAAACUUCUUACCAUCUACCUCUCCAAAUGAACUGUAUGCUAGUUGUAAUACUUCUGUUUCAUAAGGGAAUCAGUUUUAUAUGGCAAGCAAAAAAUAAAAGUGUCUUGACUUA